AUGAACACGCAUGUUCAAACUGAUAUACACUUGGAACAUACCUCUCCGAUUGAUCGAACUCAAUCAUCAAUUACAAGUGUACACACCAAUUCAGUUAAUGAGAAUACUGUCGUCAGGAGAAACCAUGAGAAACAGUUCACGCCCGCAAAAAAGGCGGGUAUAUUGUCUGUAACAUAUGUUUGUACAGCUAUGACAGUUGGCAUUUUUAUUGUAUGUUUAACAUAUAAAAAGCUAGAUAAAAGAUGUUUAAGUACUUUUGUGCCAACGAUAGGCAAUUCGGCGAGUUACAACUCUCGGCCUCGAUCGAUUGCACUAGCAGAUUUCAAUCAAGAUGGUAAAUUGGAUAUUAUUGUUACCAAUUCUGGUACAGAUAGUAUUAAAAUACUGGUCAACAAUGAUAACUAUACUUUUAUUGAUUCAAUAACGUAUUCAACUGGAUUGAAAUCUGUUCCACAUUCCUUAGUUGUGAACGAUUUUAAUAACGAUGGUCUACUUGAUAUAGUUAUUGGUAGAUAUGGUGCGAACAGUAUUGGUAUAUUUUUUGGUAAAUCAAACGGAACAUUUAAUAAUAUGGUAACCUUUUCGACUAUGAGAUCACGACCGUUCUAUCUUAGUACAGGCGAUUUCAAUAAUGAUAAACGAUUGGAUCUUGUUGUAGUCAAUCACGGUACUAAUAGCAUAAGUAUCUAUCUUAAUCAAGGUAACGGAACGUUCGCAAAUGAAAUAAGUUAUUCAAUGGGAUAUGAUUCUCUAUCAUACGCGACUGUCGUAGGUGAUUUCAAUCAUGAUAAAAACUUAGAUUUAGCUGUUGUAAAUUCCGGUAUCGAUAAUAUUGCUAUUCUUUUUGGUAUCGGUAAUGGUCAAUUUUCGUCUCCAACGUUUUACACUACGAAGUACGGUUCACAGCCUACUUCUCUUGCGUUAGGAGACCUUAAUAAUGAUGAUAUACUCGAUUUAGUUGUUGCUACUUCUGGCGUACCUAGUAUAAGCAUAUUCUACGGUUUCAAAAAUGGUACAUUUGCGCAACAGAGAUUAUUGGAACUCGAAACUCCUGCAUAUCCACAAUUUGUUGCUACCGGUGAUUUAAAUAAAGACAAUCAAACGGAUAUCAUCAUACUAGAUUCAAUCAAUGGAGAUAUUCAUGUACUGCUAGGUUAUGGCAAUGGAUCGUUUUCGAGUAUAACAACGUAUAUAACGAAUGAUAAUGAUUCUCCCUAUUCCGUAGCUAUCGGCGAUCUGAAUCAAAAUAACCGAUCUGACCUUGCAGUCACGAGCUAUACAACGAAUAAAGUUUUGAUUCUAAUGGAUUAUUCUUUUGCAUUUACUGUAGAUCAAAAUCAGUAUUCAUUGGGCCGAAAUUCUCGUCCAUCAUUUGUUGCACUAGGUGAUUUUAAUUCCGAUCAUCGAUUAGAUAUGGCAGUUACCAAAAUAAGCACUGACAGUGUUGGCAUUGUGAUCGGCUAUGGGAAUGGAAGUUUCUAUCCCGAAAUAACUUGUUCCUUGCCAACAGGAUCUUCGCCGACUUGCAUAUCUGUUGCCGAUCUCAAUGAUGACAAUCGAUCGGAUCUGGUCGUUUCUAAUUACGGUAAACAUAACAUCGGUGUUUUGUAUGGAUAUGGAAAUGGAAGUUUUAGCAAUAUGACGGCGUAUCCAACCGGUGUUGAAGCGUUUCCCAUUGCUGUUACUAUCGGUGAUUUUAAUAAUGAUAGCAUCUUAGAUAUUGCAGCUGCAAAUUUUCGCAUCGAUAAUGUUGUUAUAUUUAUAGGUAAUAGAAACGGAACUUUUGCCAAUGCAGUUAGUUAUUCAACAAGUGUUGGUUCAGAUCCCAGUGCCAUUACUACGGCUGAUUUCAAUGGCGAUAAUAUAUUAGACUUAGCUGUAGCGAAUUCUGGAAGAGGGAAUGUGGGCAUUUUAUUUGGAAUAGGCGAUGGUACCUUUAGCACAGUGAUAACAUAUUCGACAGGAUUUCAGUCGCAUCCCGAUUCGAUCACUACUGGUUAUUUGAAUAAAGACUUGUGGUUAGAUAUUAUCGCUGCAGAUUCAACAUCGGACAACGUUAUUGUACUACUCGGACAUGACAAUGGAACAUUUGGAGCAGCGACAUCAUUUACAGAUGACUCAUUUUCGAAUCCAUCAGGUCUUGUUCUAGGAGAUGUCAAUUAUGAUAAUUAUCUUGAUAUUGUCGUGACUAAUUUUGGCAAUGAUAAUGUUGGUAUUCUCGGUGGUGAUGGAAACGGUUCGUUUAUUUUAGCUCGGUCAUAUCAGUUACUGACUGGUGCUGGCCCAAAAGCAGUCAUUAUUGGUGAUUUCAAUAACAACACCCGAUGGGAUAUUAUUGUUACUGAAUCCGGUCUUGGUUCUGUCAAUUUACUUGUGAGAUAUAUUGGCGCUGAGUUUCAGACGGAACUGACGUAUACAACUGGUAGUGGAACACAUCCAUAUGGAGUAGCUGUCUAUGACCUUAAUAAUGAUAAUCGAUUAGAUAUCGUUGUUGCUAAUUCAGCAACUGACUCUGCGGGCGUCUUUCUUGGACAUGGUGAUGGCACAUUUGAAACACAGACGACAUUCGAUGUCGGCAAAAAUACUCAUCCUCAAAAUGUUGUCGUUGAUGACUUUGAUAAAGACAACAGAACCGAUGUUGCUACUGCCAAUACAAAUGGUGAUAGUAUAACUGUCUUGUUUGGAUUUGAAAACAAUAGGUUUGCCUCGACAGCAACGUAUCAGCUAAGACCUGGCGGUGCGCCGUAUGCGUUGGCCGUCGCUGAUUUUAAUGAAGACAAUAUAUUGGAUAUUGUCACUGUUAAUAAAGGAACAGAAAAUAUUGCGAUAUUUUUCGGUUAUAAAUAUAUGACAUUUAAAAGCCAACAAACAUAUUCGAAUCAAUAUUCUCAAAGACCAUCAUCGAUGACCAUUCGUGAUUUAAAUGGUGAUACAUACUUAGAUAUUGCAACUACAUUUGCAGCGAGCGACAGUGUUGGAAUCUUAUUUGGUAAUGGAAGUGGAACGUUUGGCGAAUUAACAAUGUAUUCAGUAGGUGUCAAUUCAUAUCCAUAUGAAUGUAUCGCCAUCGAUGUUAAUAAUGACAAUAAGACGGAUAUUGUUGUAGCGAAUGCCGGCUCAAAUACGAUAGGUGUUCUUCUGGGAUAUGGAAAUGGAUCGUUUGCUCCCGUACUAUUAUUUUCUACAGGUGAUGAUUCACAACCAUAUGGAGCUGCUGCGGGCGAUUUUAAUAAUGAUUAUAUAAUAGAUAUCGUUGUUGCAAAUUAUCGCGGCAAUAAUGUUGGUGUUCUGUUAGGACUUGGUAAUGGGUCAUUCAGUCCCGUCGUCACAUAUUCAACGAACGAUGGAUCUCGUCCACAGUCGGUAGCUGUCGGUGACUUUAAUAAUGACAGUCGACUCGAUAUUGCUGUCGCUAAUUAUCGUCGAGAUAAUAUGGCGACGUUACUAGGAAAUGGUGAUGGUACUUUUCAAAAUGCUGUUUUCUAUUCUACUGGAUAUCUUUCCAUGCCAACGUUUGUCAACGUUAAUGAUUACAAUAAUGAUAACAUAUCCGAUGUUGCUGUUAGUAAUAAAAAUGAUGAUACUAUUGGAAUUCUAUAUGGGUAUGGCAAUGGUACAUUUGCGCCCGUAAUGGAUUAUUCUACUGGUGAAGGAUCAAGUCCCCAGAGUAUCCGUUCAGGUGACUUUGAUAAUGAUCAACGAACAGAUAUUGCCGUUGCUUGUCCUGGAACAAACAGUAUGGUCAUUCUGUACGGAUCGAAUAACAAGCGAUUUCUGUUAGGAGCAUCCAUUUCAACUGGUUCAAAAUCUGGUCCCAUAUCAUUAGCCAUUGGUGAUAUUGACAACAAUGGUCGACUGGAUGUUGCUACCGCGAAUUAUUUGAAUGAUAAUGUUGGUGUACACUUAAGCUAUGGCACAGGAAAUUUCGGUGGUAUAUCACGAUAUCCUUUCGCCAGGGGUUCACUUCCAGUUGCUAUCGCUGUUAGUGAUUUUAAUAACGAUAAUCAUUCGGAUAUUGUCGUUAGUAAUUAUGGUACAGGUGAUAUAAACAUUAUUGAUGGUUAUGGUGAUGGAACGUUUGGUUCGUUGAUCAAAUAUUCUUUAUUGGAUGGUUCAACUCCAACAGCAGUCGCUGUCGGAGAUUUAAACCUUGAUAAUAAUUCGGAUAUUGUUGUCGUUGAUUCGGAAUUAAAUAACAUCUAUGUAUUUCUUGGAGAUGGUAAUAGUACAUUCGUUCUACAAAUGAUCUACUCAGUUGGUUUAGGUUCUCUACUUCGCGGGGUGAAUGUUGCUGAUUUGAACAAUGAUCAUUUCUUGGACAUCAUUGCUGUUGCUGCUGGUACAAGUAAAGUUUUGCUCCUACAAGGUUAUGGCAAUGGAACAUUUGGAAAUGAAACAUCCUUUACAUUAGGCUACAACUAUGAUCCAUACGCAGUCGCUGUCGGGGAUUUUAAUCAAGAUCAUUGGUCAGAUAUUGCUGUUGCCAACUAUGGUGGAGAUUAUGUAGAAAUUCUACUACGCACUUGCGCUGCUUAG